AUGGGUAGAAGAAAGAAUGACACGAAGACCGGGAUUAAGAUAAUAACAACAAGAUUGAUUGAAAUCAGCAUGAAAGUAGACGAUUACGUUUAUAAACAUAUACCGAUUUCUGAAUCGGACGCUGAAAAAUAUAUGAACGAAGUAUCUGCGUACAAAGUUCAGUGCAGCAGAGAUCAGCGCUCUUUGCAGGUUAUCGAAAAAUUAACUCGAUGCAUGAAAGCUAUAAUACGAGACCACCAAGAAUUGAUAAAUGACACCAACCACGAUAACCUUAUAGAAGUUGGUGACAAUAGAAGCACUAGUAUAUCACCAGUAUAUUCAAUACCUGAUGAAGAUAGAAACCAACUAACUCAAGUAGCCGACGAAAGAGGUGACGAUGAUGAUGACAAGGUUGCUAAAGAUAUAGAUAUUAUCGACUUGACUAAUAUCGAAGAUGAAGACAACCUCAAUGAUAAAACAACUACAGAAUAUAAUGUUGAAGUUGAAAUACAUAGAGCUGCUGGAGAAACUAAAGGUCUCAAAGUUGUUCAGCAUAAUGCUUCUAUUCCGAAGAAUGAUAAUUUAAUUUCAAACAAAUAUUUGGCCUCAAAUAUUUCUAAAAGUCAAAUACAAACUUGUCGAGACGCCGACAGGACUUGUACUAUAAAUACUUCCAAUCAAGAUGCGAACAUAACUCAAAUUUCCCAAAAUAAAGUAACUAAGACAAGUCCGACCACUAAUAUAACUGCACCUUACUUUGUUAUGCCAACCAAUUCACAUCACGAAGUAACAAAAGGCUGUCAUAUUUUGAACAAUGCUAAAACUUCAAAAGUAACCAAUAACAAAAAGAAAUUAGUAAAUUCUAUGACUAUCGCUCAUUCCGCCAAUUCUAUAGAUAUUAAAAAGAAUAAGGCAAUUCGGAAAACUACAGACACUACUAUUGUUAAAAAUAAACACACACUCAAAAUGAAGAAAAGGGAAGGGAACAUAACUCCUGUUUUAGAGAAACGCAAGAAAGUACCAAUUUAUAAUAAAAACGUUAUUGAUGAUUUAUCGUGGAUAGAGGACAUAAGAUAUGUCAGAGAAAUAGCCGCAGAAGAAAAUGAUUGUAAACUGCAAUUGGAAGAUGAUUUUUGGGACAAUUAUUAUUUGCCCGCCAACUGGAGUGACAACGAAUUUUCGUAA